UUGAAACCUACCCUAAGCUCUUUUUUCUUCUGCUCUAAAGGUAGCUCCAAUUAUUGCUGACUUAAGCAUCGAAGUGUCUACCCCGAGGACCUACCUCGAGGCUUUGCAGGUUCAUCCGAAGUGAAGACGUGGACUGAAAGAUUUCUGGUUUGGUGCAGUUACAUUUGGCGCCGUCAGUGGGGAUCCGAACUGAAAGCUCCCUUGUUGCUCUUAUCAUGGUUAGAACUAGGUCAGUUCGAGGUGGAAACUCAUCUCAGCCUCUCGGACGGGGUCAGGUCCCCAACAACCUCCCACCUCAUCCCUUGCCCCCAAUCCCGCAUACAUUCCCUCAUGUUGACCAUGCAGAAGGAGGAGAUGAAAAUCAGCCACACAAUUCGGCUCACAACUCAGCCUCUACUGCUAACCAAGAUGUAGUUGCAACUCAACUCGCUGCCAUGCAACAGCAGUUUGGUGUCUUUCAGCUAGUGCUGGCUCAGCUAUUAGCCCGGAACAAUCCUGGUGAUCCACUCAUCAACCUACUUAAUCCUGCUCCACAACCCUCAGCUCUACAACAAAAUCCUGAGCCAGUUCAACACGCUCCUGCUAUUAGUGAAUCUCAAGGCCAAUCUCACAUCGCACCAGUUCAGCAACCCUUUCAUGAUGAUGUCACUCGACGUUUAGACAGUUUAGAAAAGCUAGUGGCUGAACAGAUACCACUACUCGAAACUUAUGAUGGGACGAAAGACCCCGAUGAUCAUCGCCAUGCUUUCUACUCUUGCAUGCAAGCCCAGAACGCCUCUGAUGCGUUGAUGUGCAAAAUCUUUCCCUCUACUCUUCGAGUACUAGAGGUUAACUCCUUCGACCAGGCUGUGGGAAUUACAACUGUGAUCUCAGGUCUUAGCCAUGAGAGAUUCAGGGAUAGCCUGCUUAAACAUCCUACCACCACUUUCAACGAGAACCCAACUCCUAUUAAGAACCAACACCUGGACUGGAGAGAUGAGAAUCCGAACAGGAAACGGAUGAAGACAACACAGAACCGAGGUCCGAUGCCGACUUCAACCCUGAGAUUCGGAAGGCCGAACUCAGCACCUCCACAACAACCUACAAGUCCAAUGAGAACUACUGCUGUUAGCCGAGAUCAUGCUAGAUAUUGUGAUUUUCAUCAAGACCACGAUCAUACAACAGAGCAAUGCAACAGCUUGAGGUCCGAACUGGAAAGUCUUGCCCAGAAGGGACUGUUAAAUGAGUACAUUCAAAGAGCUGAACAGCCACGGUUUGUCAGAAAACAAGGGCCACAACCUCAAGGAGUCCGUAACCCGCCAAACCGGCAAGGUGUGGGAUAUCAGCAAACCUCACGUCCGCUUCCACCACCUGCUAGAAUCAUACACAUGAUCACGGGAGGCCUAGAAGCCGGUGGACUGAGCUCUAAGCAGCGAAAGUUGUAUGUCAGAGAGGUUAAGCAUCAGAACCGAGUUCAAAAGCGAAAGCUUGACGAUGCUAAGUGGAAGAAUCAACCCAUUACCUUCACAUCUGCUGAUCUCGAUACAAUCCGUGUCCUUGUUGACACAGGGAGAGCACCAGACAUCAUGUACUUCCAUUGUUUUGAGAGCCUUGGGUUAGAUCCAGCCUUGUUGCAGCGAUAUGAUGGUUCCAUCUACGGAUUCAACAACCAACCAGUUCCAGUUGAAGGAGUCCUCACCAUGAAUGUUGCAUUCGGAAGUGGCCAAAGUUAUUCUCACCUAUGCAUGAAAUUCCCAACUCUUAUGGGAAUAGCAACGUUGCGAGGCAACGAGGAGGUGGCCCGACAUUGCUAUAUCACCUCGGUCACACAACCUCAAAAGGGUAAAGAUCAGACAACCAAGGCUAAUCCCAAACGGAUUCUUGAUAAUCGAUGUGGAAGAAGUACAGAUGACAGAGAUCCGACCAGGAAAACACAGAUAGGAACUCGGCUGAGCCCCAAUGAGAGAACAAAGCUAAUAGCCUUUCUCCGAGAAAACAACGAUGUUUUUGCAUGGAUCUCAGCAGAUAUGUCGAGAAUUCCCACUUUGGUUUAUCAACAUAAACUCAGCACCAAUCCACUCAAGAAACCAGUAGCUCAGAAGCGACGCCUCUUCAGGGGAGAGCGAUUAACGGUCAUCAAAGAAGAAGUUGAAAAACUCUUACAAGUUGGCUUCGUUAGAUGGGUCGAUUACUGUGAAUGGGUCGCCAAUCUUGUGUUGGUGAAGAAAGCAAAUGGCAAAUGGCGGAUGUGCAUCGAUUACACUAACCUCAACGACGCAUGUCCAAAAGACUGUUACCCAAUGCCAAACAUUGACAAGCUAGUUGAGCCAGCUUCUGGAAACGAGAGAUUAAGUCUCUUGGAUGCAUACUCUGGCUACCACCAAGUUCCAAUGACUCAUGAGGAUGUAGAUAAAAUCUCAUUCUAUGCUGGCGAUGAAAUCUAUUGCUAUGUAAUGAUGCCAUUCGGCUUGAAGAACGUAGGUACCACUUACCAGAAAAUGGUUACCAUCGUAUUCCGAGCUCAAAUAGGUCAGAAUCUAGAGGUAUAUGUUGAUGAUAUAGUGAUGAAAAGUUUGAAAGCUGGAGAUCACUUAAUCGACAUCGAGGAGACGUUCAACAACCUCAAAAAGAACAGAAUGAGGUUAAAUCUAGCAAAGUGUAUUUUCGGGGUAGAGUCAGGAAAAUUUCUAAGCUUCAUGGUGUCCAGAAGGGGGAUUGAGGACAACCCUGAGAAAAUCAAAGCAGUAGUCGAGAUGGAACCACCAAAGUCAGUGAAAGAUAUGCAAAGGUUGACGGGGAGAGUAGCAGCUCUUCAUAGAUUCAUUUCAAAAUCAGCAGAUAAAUGCUUACCGUUCUUCAAGAUCGUGAGAUUAGCAGCUCAAAAGGAUGAAUCUGGCAAACAAAAGAAGUUUGCAUGGAAUUCAGAAUGUCAAGCUGCAUUUGAUGAGCUGAAGUCUUAUCUUUGCUCACCUCCCUUGCUGACAAAAGCUGAUGAUGGAGAAAUCCUUUACUUGUACCUCGGGAUAUCAGAUGAGGCUAUCAGUUCUGUGUUAGUAAGGGAAGAGGGAAAGCAACAGAAACCAGUUUACUACAUCAGUAGCAUGUUACAUAGAGCUGAGAUCAGAUAUUCCAUUGCUGAGAAAGCAGCCUUAGCAGUUGUCAUUUCGGUCAGGAAACUGAGAUCGUAUUUCCAAUAACACCCAAUCAUAGUCCUCACAAACCAACCGCUUAGACAAAUCUUGCAGAAGCCAGAAUGUUCGAGGAGAUUGAUCAAAUGGGCAGUUGAAUUGGGAGAGUUCGAGAUCACAUUUCAACGAAGGUCAGCUAUCCGAGCUUAGGCUCUCGCCGAUUUCAUAGUAGAAUGCACCUCGGCUCACUCUGAUUCCCAAUCCGAGGUGGACAGCUGGAUUCUGUAUGUUGAUGGCACAUCAAGUAACAAAGGUUCUGGCGCCGGUGCAAUCCUACUUGGCCCAGAUGGGUACCGAAGCGAACACGUUCUAAAAUUUAACUUUGAUGCCACCAACAAUAUGGCUGAAUACGAAGCCCUGCUACUCGGCCUACAGCUGGCGACAGAAUUGAAGGUUGAAGCAAUACAAAUAUACAGUGAACCACAGUUAGUAGUCAAUCAGGUUAAUUCAGUCUGUAAAGUGGUUGAUCCUGUUAUGAUGAAGUAUGCAACUCUGGUGGCCGAACUAAAAUCCAAAUUCUAGA